AAUAUGUAACCCUAUCCUCUUAUCCUCUCUCGCGCUGGAGGUUGCUGGUCUGGUCCUUCUCUUCUUCGUCGGUGGUCAUCGCCGGUCGUCGUCUACAUCUCCGGUCAUUGGUCGUCGUCAACAUCCGUUACUCGUUGGAAGUGCAAAGACUGUCAGGGUGGGUUUUACUUUGCUCCUCCUCUGAAACCUUUUCAUUUCAAUCCCCCUUUUUUACUGUUGUGAGGAUAAAAGGGAUGAUCUACACAACAAUUGACACGUUCUACCUCACAGACGAGCAGCUAACAAAUUCACCCUCUAGAAAAGAUGGCAUAGAUGAAGCCACCGAGACCACACUUAGAAUCUAUGGCUGUGAUCUCAUCCAAGAAAGUGGCAUUUUACUUCGCUUACCACAAGCGGUCAUGGCCACUGGGCAGGUUCUGUUUCAUCGUUUCUAUUGUAAGAAGUCAUUUGCACGGUUCAAUGUCAAGAAAGUUGCUGCAAGCUGUGUAUGGCUUGCUUCGAAACUAGAGGAAAACCCUAGAAAAGCCAGACAAGUAAUCAUUGUUUUUCACAGGAUGGAAUGCAGGAGGGAGAACUUGCCCAUGGAGCAUUUAGACUUGUAUUCCAAGAAAUAUGUUGAUUUGAAAAUGGAGUUGAGCAGAACAGAGAGACAUAUUUUGAAAGAGAUGGGAUUCAUUUGCCAUGUUGAACAUCCUCAUAAAUUUAUAUCAAAUUACCUUGCUACCCUUGAAGCAGCUCCAGAAUUGGGACAAGAAGCUUGGAAUCUGGCUAAUGAUAGUUUGCGCACUACAUUGUGUGUUCGAUUUAAGAGUGAGGUUGUGGCUUGUGGAGUUGUAUAUGCUGCUGCUCGUAGGUUUCAAGUACCCCUUCCUGAGAGCCCACCAUGGUGGAAGGCAUUUGAUGCAGAGAAGUUUGGGAUUGAUGAAGUGUGCAGGGUUCUGGCUCACCUUUAUAGCCUUCCCAAGGCGCAAUAUAUACCAGUCUGCAAGGACGGGGACUCAUUUACAUUCUCCAACAAAUCAUUGGAAUCAAAGCAUCAGUCAACACCAAAGGAUGUUCCACAAAGUAGCCCCCAAGCUGAUACUGAGACAUCGGCCCCAAAGGGCACUCCUGGGGAAGCUAAUGUUGAAUCCAUUGGUGGCAAGGGUGCAGUGGUAAAGCUAGCCACUGAUAAGCUAAAAGAUUCCAAGAAGUCUGAUGAUGAAUCCAAAGGCAUGGCUACUGAGGGAGAGGCAAGAGAUGAACCCACAGUGAAGACCAAGUCUGACCGUAAAAUGGAUGCCAGUGGGGAGAUACGCAGGGACAGGGACAGGGACAGGGACAGGGACAGAACAAAAUCCAGGGAUAGGGAUCGUGGGAGGGAUUCUGACAAAGAACGUGAACGAGAGGAAGCUGAGAGGGACAAACUCAAGGAUCGGGGUCACCGUUCCUGGGAAAGAGCAAAGGAUUUAGGUAUUUUUAUAGAUUUAUUGUCUGGACAUUCAAAGUCAAAACACCAUUCAUCGCGUGAUCGUGACUACCACGGUUCCUCUUACUCGUCAAGGGAGAAAGAUCGACAUAGUCAUCAUUGACAUUAUUUAAAAGAGCUUUCAAGAUCUACCGGCUAUUUUGUUCAUGACAAUUAUAAACAAUAGGAAUUGUUUAUAAACAAUAGGAAUGCCUUUUUAUCUAUAAUUGAGAAUUGCAUAACUUUUUAUCUAUAAUCAUUUACUGCUACCUGUCAGGGCAAGAGUUGUCAAAAUUAUAAACAAUAGGAAUGGAAUGCCUUGUAUUAGUUGCAUUCACAAUCACAUUCGAGCUUGUCAUUCAGAUUUCAACAAACAAUUAUCCCUGACUGUAUCCCUUCUGCAAUGAUAGUGGAUAAAAGCUAUAGAAAUAAAUUUCUGUAU